AUGGUUGAUCAUAGCCCAGAGGGCGAAGAGCAGCCUGGCAGUCAUUCUGAUGUUGUGCAGCCUCAAAUGACUAUGCAUCCCAUCUCGUACUCCAGCAUGCCCAUGCACAUGUAUCCCUUCCCUGCUGGUAUCGUGCCCACUCAGCCACCGCGUACGAAGCGCAGGCAGGUGAAGAACGCGUGCACCAACUGCCAGAAGGCGUGCAAGAAAUGCGACGACGCUCGCCCUUGCCUCCGCUGUGUCAAGUACGGCAUCGCGGAGGAGUGCGUUGAUUCGCAGAGGAAAGAAAGGCAGAAAGGGAUCAAGAGAGGGCCGUACAAGAAGCGCGAUGGAAAACCUAGCACCACCGACCAGCCUGUCGAGGUCAGCGUGCAGCAGCCUGGCAUGGGCGUCCCGCCUGCCGUUGCGGCGACCAGCGCCACUCCGCCGAUCCCCUACGUCGCGCCGUAUCCCCCGUUCUAUGGCCAAUACCCGGCGUCCCAUGUUCCCAAGGCAGGCGAUACCCCCGUCUACGUCCCGCAACUGUUCUACGCCCCGAUUCCUGCGCCUCAGCCGAUGCCGACUGGCCACUCAAACGGGCAGGACGGGGAGGUUCCCCCUGGAUACCCACCAGCGCCCUACUAUCCGGUCUUUACUGCUCCGUACCCUCAGUACGCAGCGCCAUACAUGGUUCCUGCUCCGCGUCAUGAGGGGCAAAUGCCCAUCGGCACCGCUCAUCACCCUUACCACACGGCGUAUCAGCAGGCUUAUCCAAAGCCGCCAUCGAGGGGUCCUGAUAUGGCAACCCAGAUGAUGGACGCUCGCAGGGACAUGCGUAUCGAACCUGGACGGAUGGGUGAGGGCAUCCACAGCGGCCACGGCAAAUCUGGAUGA